AUGAACAAGCUUGUGGGUCCCAUACAUGAAUGCUUGGGUGGUGUUAAAUCCUUGAGAGUCAUCAACUUAGGUUCCAACCAAUUGAACUCAACCAUCCCUCCUAACUUUUGGACUCUCACAGACCUUCUGACUUUGAGCUUGUCCUCCAAUCAUUUGAGCGGUCAAUUGUCAUCUAAACAUGGCAACUUCAAGUUACUUAGCUCUUUGGACUUGUCUUCUAAUCAAUUUUCAGGUGAUAUUCCCACCUCAAUUGAUGGUUGCCAAACACUAGAGUUUCUUAACUUAUCAAAUAAUUUUCUCAGUGGAUCCAUUCCUCAAUCCUUGGUAAAGGUUAAAGGUUUGAAAAUAUUGGAUUUAUCUUACAAUAAUCUUUCUGGAUCAAUACCCAAGUCCUUAGAAGACCUCCUCUCUCUUGAAACUUUUAAUAUUUCCAACAACAAAUUGGAGGGAAAAAUUCCAGAUGGUGGUUGUUUUCGUAACUUCAGUGCACCAUGCGUAAACGGAAAAAAAGUAGCCCUUUCAGUUGAUGUCUCACCACAAAUUGCUGAAUGCAGAAGAAUUUCUUACACAGAACUUGAACGAGGAACAAGUUCAUUUAGUGAAACCAACCUACUUGGAAGAGGUAGUUUUGGUUCUGUAUUCGAAGCAACACUUUCUGAUGGGUUGAAAGUUGCAGUAAAAGUGUUCAACUUGGAACUACAAGGAGCACUAAGGAGCUUAGAUGUUGAAACCACUAUAUUGAGCAGCAUUCGACACAGAAACUUAGUUCGAGUUAUUGGAUGUUGUUGUAAUAUGGAGUUUAAAGCAUUGAUUCUCACAUACAUGCCAAAUGGGAGCUUGGAUAAAUGGUUACAUUCAGACAUGUAUAGUCUAGAUCUUAAACAGAGGUUGAAAAUAGCAAUAGAUGUUGCGGCCGCCUUGGAAUAUCUUCACCAUGGCCAUACAUCCCCGGUUGUUCAUUGUGAUAUAAAGCCAAGCAAUGUGUUGCUUGAUCAAGACAUGGUUGCCCAUCUUGCUGAUUUUGGUAUUUCUAAGCUUUUUGAUGGAGGGGAGACUUUCAUCCAAACACAAACAGUGGCGUCGUUUGGCUAUGCAGCACCAGAGUUUGGAAUGGAAGGCAUAGUGUCAAUUAGUGGUGAUGUGUACAGCUUUGGGAUACUGCUGCUGGAGAUGUUCACUGGAAAGAAGCCAACGGAUGAUAUGUUCGAUGAAGAAAGGAGUUUGAAAGAGUGGGUAAGUGAAGCAUUGGAGCAAAAUGCAGCAGCUGAAGUGGUGGCGCCUAAUUUGCUAUCAAUAGAAGAUCAACAUUUUUCAGCAAAGGAGCAAUGUUUCUUUUCCAUAUUUGAAUUGGCAAUGAAAUGUUUAGCCGUUUCAACAGAUGAGAGAAUCAACAUGAUUGAAGCAGCUACUGCUCUGCACAAGAUCCAUGCCACAUUUGUAGCAGCUACUGAAAUGCUUCGUCCUCGAUAUGCUUUUCCUUUGGCAGCACGGAGCUAUGAGGUCACGGGUUCAAACCUUGCCACCCGCUGGCAGACUUUCGGCCUUAAUCCGCAAACUCGGUCGAACAUGAUUAGUCGGAUUCCACCAAAGGCGGGUUCGGGACACCUGUAGUCAAACAAAAAAAAAUUUAAGCAAUGCAAUAUUGUACA